AUGGCCUCGUCGGGAAGAACCUCCGCGAUGAUGGGCGGCACCGGAACCGACGCAUCACCAGCCAACAAUGUCGGUAUAACCGGCAAUGCUCCACGCAGAAACUCCAACGGCACCAAAUUCGCCGGCCUCGUCAAUCAGAAGCGCAACAGCAGCGACGCCGGUGCACAAGCGAGACGCCAGUCUUUCGCAGAGAUGAAGCCUGCGCCAGGCGUCAUUGGGAAGCUGUGGAACAAGUAUGUCUACGAGAUCUACUCUACGUAA